AGCCAAUAGAAGGGAGCCCUUAUCAAACAAUCUUACGUUAGAAUCCAACGCAGCAACGCCGAGCACCCCGAAGUUGCGGUGAUUGUAGCUACGUUCAUCGGGGCCCAGCCUGCCCCCGCAACAUGAGUCGUAAACAAGCGACUUUUGCAGCUCAACAACUCUUACAAACAACCAGCCCGAGCUGGUCUCAGCGAACCCCAUGGCGUCACUUGCACCUGACGCAGAACCCGUUGCAAGAAGGGACCUGGGGACUGCGACGUCGAGCCGCGGCCAGGCUGUCGAUCCUGUAUUCGUGAGGCAGAAGCGCAAACAGGUUGCCAGAGCAUGCGAUGAAUGCCGCGCCUGCCGCAUCAAGUGCGACAGCGGCCGCCCUUGUGCGAAUUGCUCAAGAAAAUCACGCGUGUGCAGCAAUGGCACUCGGGAGAGACCUUCGGCGUUGGCGAUUGCAGAGAAGAAGAUCAAUGAUUUGGAGUCCAACAUCCGUCAGCUUCGCCAAGAAUUGGAACACGAGCGAGCAAAGACAGCCCAGCGAAAGCCUCUGACUCCAUCUUCAAGCUCAACGUCACAAGAAAGCAGCGGCGCAGCUGAGGACUCUUGUUUGGCACCGAAGCGUGCUUUCAACUAUGGCGUCUCCCUUCGGCCCCCGAGAUCGUCCAACGACUCUUGGUUUGGCCCGUCAUGUCUCUACUAUUUCAUCACUCGCUUGGCGCAGCCCCUUGGCCUGAUGUCGCAGCCAUCUACCUCUCUGGAGGGCCUGUUGACGAUGCCAAGCGCAGCCGAUACCUCAAAGCUGGUUGGAGAAAAGGGACCACACGAUGGCCCUGAGGAUACAGCCCAGCUGGUGGAGUCAAUGACACUCGGGGGUUGGAACUCGAUGCAGGAGCAGUAUUUCAUUGACCGUUACUGGGAGGGCUACCACACUGCGUACAUGCCCAUCAUCGAUGAAGCGGAGUUCAAGGCGCAUCACCAGUCUCUGUGGUCAGCUUCUGGGGGCGCUCGCAAGCCAUCUGCUCUGGUCGACAUUGUCGUCGCUGUCUGCAUGCAGCUUGGCGACCCGACUUCGAAUGCUAGCAACGGGGAGAUGAAUUUGACACGGACGGAUGGCGCAAUGGCCGGCCGCCGGUACUAUCGUCGCUGCCAGGCGCUACUAACCUACGAGAUGGAGAGUCCCUCGCUUGCGACUCUGCAGUGUCGCUUACUCUCUGCCUUGUAUGUCUGCGCCGGUUCGUUCCACAACAUGAUGGAUGCCUGUGUCGCCCUGGCCGUGAGGACAGCUUAUGUUCUUAAGCUGCACCUUGAUCCGCCCGAAUCAAUGUCUCCCAAGGAGAAGGAGAAGAGGCGGCGCCUGUGGUGGGCUACCUAUCUUCUGGAGACUAAGAUUGCAACAAAGCUGGGACGGCCGUUCUCCAUCGACGAUGGUCAUGCAAUGCCCCAAUUGCCCAGAGAUGACAUGGAAGCCGCUGCGCUCUCUGGCUCCCUCUUUGCUCCGAUCGGACCUAACGAGACUUGGCUCAGCUUCAACAGGCACCAUAUUGCACUGUACAAAGACGUCAGACAGGCGCACAUUGCCUUUUUCAACACUUGUGCGACAGUGAGUGAGAGUCAAUCAAUCUGGGACAAUGCUGGUACCCUGGAAGUCUGCGCCAGAACUCUUAUCCCGCAUAGGAAGCGGUUGCGGGAGUGGAGGGACUCUGUGCCCAGUGCUCUGCGACAGAAACGUCGUGAUGGUGGCGUCGCGCUGUCGACCGAUGGCACGGCCAUUCUGCUGGAGCCGUUUGCACCACUUUGGCUCCAGCGACAACGCUUGCUUCUCGAACUCGCCUACCAUCAUUUGAGCAUCAACAUGCUCCGCCCUCUGGUCUCUUUUUCCUCCAGGCCUCAAAUUGGCGGGCACGCGGAAGCAUUGGCCAACGACUGCGCAUCUCAUGCUAUUGCAUUUACAAGGAUCGUACAUCAAGUUCUCACAACCGAAGAAACGCUCACGGGCUGGCACGAAACCUUCCAUUGGCAAUGGAACGCAACGAUAACACUUGUGGGAUGUCUACUUGCGAAGCACAACUGGCCAAGUCCCGACCUGCCAAGGGAGGCUAGGCAUGCUGUCGACCUGGCGGCGGUGGUCUGUGAAGAAUUCGCAAAAACGUUUGCAGUCGCCCGCCGUGCCGCGAAAACCAUCCGCGAGCUCUGCAUCAAGAUUGACGCGCUGGCAUUACAGCCAGACAAAGUUCCACGACUUGAGAGCGAAGCAGCCGCAAUGGAGAAAACCACGAAUGCCGCGAUAGCUGUACCAACGUCAGGCGAAGUCGUCUUUGAUGUUGGGACUUCUGUCACUGGGGCUUGUUUCAACUGCCAUGAAAAUCCAAUCAUUCACAAUGGUCCAGCUCCUGAACAGGACUUGUUCGACAUUGUCUUGUCGGUUGACUUCUGGAACGAUAUGGAUGUAUGGUGGCCUGAUUCCACAAUGGAGAUGUGAGCCAAUGCUCGAAGUUGAUAAACAUAUAGUAAUCCACGGAGUCUAUAAUUAUUCUAUCAAAAUCCAUUAGUAUGGCACUUCUCUAUUGAGUCUGGACUUCGCACAAGUGGCUGCGGCUGCAAGUCUGCCAAGGCUCGGGAGGGAAGAUGUGUCGCAAUCGCAUGCAUCGUGAGGACAUGAAGGCGUGGAUAAGUGGGUGUUUGACUACCCGGGACGACAGUGGACACCCCUCACUUUC